ACAAAAUGUGUUCGACGACCAAGACAUUCCUGUCCUGCUCCCAAGCCUCGUCAUCCAGUUGUCCUCGAUCGAAGCCCAGAUUCAUUCUUGGGAUCUAUCCUCCUCCUGACUGAGAGUGCAGUUCGCCCUCUCUGCACCUUCAAAACUUCUCGGACGCGUUAUCAGUGUCUUGUCCGUAUCCUCGAUUUCGAGCCAGCAAUCCGUUUCCAAAGGCAGAGCUACGAAUUGUGAGUUACCAGACGCGUUUCUCUUGCUGUUACUGCUCGUUGUUCAUGUACUACCACUGGGUCAUGAUGAACACAAAUUUUUAAGAUGUUAGACUUCCUAGCAAAUUCUGCGGAUUAAAAUUUCGACUGAACCCCACCUUCCCCAUAGCUCCAAUACUACAGCACUUCUGUUCUCGACCAUGCUGACGGAUUGUCGAAAGAUUUUCGCAUCAAUAUUCUGCACAGACUGUCAAAAUGUGUGGUAUUCUUGCCCUCAUCCUCGGUGAUAUCGAGAGUCUUUCUGCGACAACUGCUGCUGCCGACCUCCACGACGCCCUGUAUUACCUCCAACAUCGCGGUCAAGAUGCCUGCGGAAUCGCGACCUGUGCCUCCGGAGGGCGCAUAUACCAGUGCAAAGGAAAUGGAAUGGCCGCGAAGGUCUUCCACGAUGGAUCGCGAGUCCAGGAUCUGCCGGGUUUUAUGGGCUUGGGCCAUCUAAGAUACCCCACUGCUGGUAGCAGCGCCAGCGCCGAAGCACAACCAUUCUACGUGAAUAGUCCCUACGGAAUUACAUUCGCACAUAAUGGAAACUUGAUCAAUGCCGAGCAUCUCCGCAUCAUCCUUGAUAGAGAUGCCCACCGACAUAUCAACACCGACAGUGACAGUGAAUUGAUGCUGAAUAUCUUUGCCAACGAGCUCAAUGAGACGGGCAAAUUCCGUGUCAACGAGGAGGAUAUCUUCCAGAGUCUGACCCGGAUGUACGGGAAGUGUGUCGGCGGUUGGGCCUGUACCGCCAUGGUAGCAGGAUUCGGUAUCCUGGGUUUCCGAGAUCCCCACGGUAUUCGCCCAUUGGUUCUCGGAUCUCGACCAUCUGCGACUCUGCAUGGAACUACAGAUUACAUGAUGGCUUCGGAGUCAAUUGCCCUUCGCCAACUUGGUUUCUCUGAUAUCGUCGAUAUUCUUCCCGGACAAGCCGUAAUCAUUCGCAAGGGCUCGGUGCCAGUCUUCCGCCAAGUAGUCCCCCAGCUUGCUUAUUCUCCAGAUAUCUUCGAAUAUGUUUAUUUCGCAAGACCCGAUACGAUCAUUGAUGGAAUUAGCGUCCACCGAAGCAGGCAGAAUAUGGGUCGGAAGCUCGCACAAACCAUCCUGGACACACUGGGCGAAGAAGCUGUCAAAGAGAUUGACGUGGUUAUUCCCAUCCCGGAAACUUCCAAUACGUCAGCAGCAAGUCUGUCGGAGUUCUUGAAAAUACCAUAUUGCCAAGGAUUCGUCAAGAACAGAUAUGUCUUCAGGACUUUCAUUAUGCCUGGUCAAGGCGCGCGACAAAAAUCGGUGCGCCGGAAAUUGAGUGCUAUUCCAUCGGAGUUCAAGGAUAAGGUCGUUCUCCUGGUCGACGACAGUAUUGUACGUGGUACUACAAGUCGAGAAAUCGUCACCAUGGCCCGCGAAGCUGGUGCGAAGAAGGUAAUCUGCGCGUCCUGCGCCCCGCCAAUCACACAUGCUCAUAUUUACGGCAUUGAUCUUGCUUCUCCGCUAGAGCUCGUAGCCCACAAUCGCGACCGCAAAGCAAUCGCCAGACAUAUCGGUGCCGAGGAAGUUAUAUAUCAGACACUUGCAGACCUGAAAGCUGCGUGCGCCGAGGAAUCGCCGCGCAAGGAUCAGGAGUUUGAAGUUGGUGUUUUUUGUGGCAAAUAUGUUACUCCCGUCACAGACGGGUACUUUGAGCAUCUUGAGCGCGUCCGAGGCGAAUCCAAGAAGUUGAAAGUUCUGGAGAGUGCUAAGGAGGCUGUCCUCAACGGAGUUGCCAGCGACAAGGAGCUUGACCUGAUCAAGAAGGGCGUCGCGGUCGAUGCGCAAGGCAAUAUCAUUCCUGCAUCCGAUGGCCCGGUUAAUGGAAGCAAGGUCAAUGGGAUUGAUCUCGCUGGCCAUGAGAGACGGAAAAGAGAACGGGAUGAUUCGGGGACGCCUCCCGUCAGGGAUCGCCAUGAUAUCAGGUAUGUUUGCCCUGCUCACAGCACACGUUUCCAUUGCUAAUGUUGAACAGCUUGCAUAAUUUCGCCACUGAUCCACAUAGGGGUUAUGAAUAGACUGGCUUGGGUAUUAUGUGGUUUGGGUACUGAUGCAUUGGGUAUUCUUUAUAUUUGCAUGGGGCGCAAGGAUGGCUGUCUCGUUCCAAGUUAUGGUUGUAUCAAAACCAAAUAGAGACUGUUGGGAUCACUCCCUGUUCUCCUCAACAUCUCCAUUUCUUGAGUGAACUGUAAUGGCACAAACACCUUCAAAGUCUGGUUCUUGUCACGCAAGUGCUCAAGGGGCAUAUUGUAUGACAUCCCAAUGGUGUUGCUACAUGCAUGCCAGAUAGGCCAUGGGGAGCAUACACCCUUUCCGAGAUACCAUUAUGUGCUUCAUCGUACGACCAGUAUUAUAUUUGAAGGUUUUCAGAGUUUAAUCCAAUAGCUCUUGACCGUUGCCUCGGCUCCUUACUCUGUGUCCGUUUUCAGACGAGAAUGACAAUCUCCGUUCUCAUAUUUCUUUGCCAACCAGAACAAAACUCUCUCCAUUUCAAAGUCCAAUUUGUCAAGCUUCAAAUCGAUGGUUAUUGAUUGGAGUGCUUUUCCAUGGUUAAGAGUCGAUCAAAUCGUAACUGCUCCAAAAGGGAAAAGUGGGUCCAUGCGAGGCUAACAAAUUGGUGGUAGCCUCGUUUCACUGGCGUCAUCACUCUCCCUAGACGCCUCUUCCUUUUCUG